CGAUUUAAAGCGUGUCCGUGUCUUGCUUGUGUUCAGUUUUAGAAAUGCAUAAGAGUGCGUGACUAAUGCUUGAGUAAAAUUAAUUAAUCGAUGUUAUCGAUAUCGUCUUCAUGGGCAAUAAAAUAUAUUUUUUUGAAUUGACAAUCCUCUUUGCAGCGGGGUUUGGAUCUGGUGGUAGAAAUGAUCCCAGAUAGAUUAGACCUAUAAUCUAAGAAUCAAUCAACAUACGUGUUGAUUCUUAAGGUCUCUGGGUAAAUUUUAUCAUAGCAAUGUAUUUUAACAAAAAGUGUAGACAGCCGUAUCAUUUGGUGACCGACUAAUCAGUUACGGACGCACGCACGGUCAUGCACUUGCUAAGAUGGAAAAAAUAGUGAAGUGAAAUAUGAGCGCAAUAAUGAAAAUACCAAUAAAUUUAUACAUACAAAAGACAAAUUAAGAAACACCAGCACAUAAUUUAUGAAGUUAAAAUAGAAACCACCACAAAUAACUAAUGGACCUCUUUUUGUUUUACCUUUACAGAAUUAUUAUGCUUUGAAUUAUUUUGUGACGUAGUGAUUCUCACCAUCAAUCAACCACAAUAUCAAUCACUUUUAAUCGUUUCAUCCCAAGUACCUAUCAGGUUUCAAAAUAUAAAUUAAUAAAAUGUAUCCUCGUGUAUUGCGCGGUUUUUAUUCUCAGUUAGAAAAAGCUGCGAGGGCAUCCGGUUUCGUCGCCGGGAAAUCCGGCCGCCAUAUGAAGUUUCCAUAUACUUUUUCCGCUAAAAUUGCUCAAUUUCCAAUUUUUUUUUAUUGUAAACAUAAUCGAACUUGGAUGUAUUAUCCGUGGAGUUGCAUGUUAUCAUUUUAUUUCUUUGGAAAAAUUCAUGCGAUAGUAAAUUCUGAUGAAAAUAAAAGAAGUUGGGCAGAAACUCAAAGAAAAGCUGCUGAAAAGGAACACGAACAUUAAAAAAAUUACCAAACAAAAACCGUUGUAUAUUGUGAGAUAAAAAUGAUGAAUGAAUUUUUUCAUGGAGGUUGUGUAAAAAGAACGCGGAAAAAACCUUUUACACAAACAAACUUGAAUUAAAUAAAAUAUUUUUUUUACCACUAUCUAUCUCUUUCGAAUUGGUGCGAUUAAGAAAAUUUAAAGAAAAUCUAAAAUUUGAUUGGCCCAAUUUCAAAAAGAUGAAAGGAGAGUCAUUGAUGUAAUAUUGUAUUUUAAUACAUUUUAUU